AUGUCGCCCGAUUUUCAAAGAGCCUUGGAAUGGAUUGCUGGGUUCGGAAGCAAUAGAAAAGAGACUAGACAUGGGAAUACUGCGCAGAGGCAUCCCCAUUCCUCCAGAAGAGACACGUAUGCUGAGGAGUGCCUGGAUGCCUUCUGCUCGUCUUUGCCAACUCCAGAAGACGACAGGCAGGCCCGCGAUUACGGAAGAAUGAAACAGUGGGUCAGCGAGUUCAUCCACAACACCCUCGUACCCUUUCGUCGUGAGAUUAGCGAGCUGCAAUCGGAACAUUUGCAGACCAUCAAAAGACUCGAGGACGAACGGGACAAGGCCAGCAGGAAAUUCCAGCAGACGAUCGAGGAAGAAAGAACGAAGUCCCAGCGCCUGGCGGCGAAACACGCCACGGAGCUGCAGAGCAUCGGAAGAAAACACAGCGAGGAGCUGGCUACGCAGCAAAGGCGCUUUGAGCGCGACAUUGACGAUAUUACCGCAAAACAUACGGCGGAAACUCAAGGCCUCAAGCGAGACUACGACGUUACCAGGACGAGGCUGGAGAAAGAAGUCCAGAGCUUGAAAAACAGCCUUGUCGUAUUGGAGACUACCGCCGAAGAAGAGAAGCAGAAUUUGGCAGCGAUGCAUGAUGCUGCCUUGGGCUCCCUUCGGACCCAGUUUGUCAAUGACAAGAACCAACUGGAGCGAGAAUACCAAGACCGCGAGGGGAGACUCGCAUCUCAAAUUGAGGAGCUCAACGCCGCUCUCCUGACACGAGACGACGAAAUCUACACGGCGAAAAUCCUGACCAUCUCGGCGAUUCCCCAGAAAUCCGACGAGAAGCUCAGGGGGAGCUUCUCCGAGAUCGUGAAAGCUGUAGACGAUUUGAGCAGGCUGGCAUGGAGACACGACCAACGUGCGUUUUCAGAGGCGGACUUGGCGAGGCUCCGGGGGCAGAGCAGUGAUAGGCUUUUGAGGAAGGCGAUUCUGCAAGAUCUCGUGUGGUCGUGUCUGUAUGACUUUCUGUUCGCAAGUCCAUUUCGCAUGCUCGGAGAGGAAGGGCUGCAGCUUGAGAAGGAAUGGGCGAAUCAAGGCGGCCAAGGUGCACCAUCCGACCACAUGCCGGCAAGUCCUGGUCACCCCUAA